CCAAUGGUUUGCCUCGCCGCCAGCGGCACCGCCUCAGAUUAGACACAUAUGAUGUUACAGCCAAAUUAACCUCUAUAGCGAAAUCAAAUGAGGAAGAGAGAAGCGCUUUAGACAGAGCACGAGCCAUACUGUUUCUAUAGGCUCUCGUGUGAUCAAACAUUGACUGAGAGAGCGUCGCGAGCGGCUUGUUUUCACGGGGAAAUCAGGAAUGUUCCUUCCGCUUCCCAAGAAAAAAAACUAAACGGAAGUUAAACUGGUAGGCCCCUUUGUGUGGGGGUCAUCUUCCCCUUAGCUGUCUGCUGGUGUCCAUCGAGUACAAAACCAACACUUCUGGUUUCCUGAAGCCCUGCCUCCUGAAGUGGUGCGAUCUGUUUUGGGCUGUGGAGGGAAGUGAAAGGGGCCAGAAUCCCAGCGUGUCCUGUUUCCCAGGCAAUGAAGCUGCAGGCGGUGAUGGAGAACCUGCACAGACAGCAGAGAGCCAAACUGCUGAUGGAGCAGGCGGGGCAGUCUCACGGCCCCGCCCCCAUAGGGGAGGAGCUGAAAGCAGUCUCCGCCUCUGAACCGGAGCAUGCACAGAUGGCGGCGCUGGCAGCAAUGCGUGCAGUAGCAGCUGGACUUCAGAGGGCCGACAGUCCCAUGUCUGACCACAGCAGUGGAGGAGAUGAGGAUGAAGAGGAGGAUGAAGAGGAAGGGGAGGAGCAAUACAAAGAUAUGAUGGGGUCUGAGGAGGAAGAGCAGCUAAAACAGAAAUGGGAUGAAGAUGACUUUGAGGGUGAGAUGGAGGAAGAUUAUGAUGAUGAUCUAGGUGAUGAAGGGCUGCCGUCGGGCCGUGAGGCCGUCACCCCCGGCAGAGGCAUCCUCCUCUUACCCCACCGUCAUUUACACCCUCACUCCCAGCUGCUGAAGGCUCGGCCUGGCUCUGAGAGCGAAGCUCGGCCGCUGACUCACUCCGCUCAUUCAUCCCACGGGCCGCUCCAUGGACAGGACCAUGCAGACUGGACCUAUGAGGAGCAGUUCAGACAGCUCUAUGAACUAGACGGCGACCCGAAGAGGAAGGAGUUCCUGGAUAAUCUGUUCAGCUUUAUGCAGAAGAGAGGGACGCCAGUGAACAGGAUUCCCAUCAUGGCCAAGCAGGUGCUGGACCUCUACAUGCUGUACCAGCUGGUGACCGAGAAGGGGGGGCUGGUGGAGGUCAUAAAUAAAAAGUUGUGGAGAGAGAUCACGAAGGGCCUGAACUUGCCGACCUCCAUCACCAGCGCUGCCUUUACUCUCAGAACACAGUAUAUGAAGUAUCUGUAUCCUUACGAAUGUGAGAAGAGGGGUCUCAGCAACCCCAACGAGCUGCAGGCGGCCAUCGACAGUAACCGGCGAGAGGGACGCAGACACAGCUUUGGCAGCUCGCUCUUCACCUACUCGCCCAACGGAACACCCACAAUGCUCUCCUCUCCCAAACUCUCCAUGCCACCCAUGGGCAUCGCCCUGCCCAGCAACGGAGCCUCGGCCUCAUCCUUACACAGAAUUAAGAAAGAGGAUGACGGCGUUCAGGCCCGUCUGCCGGUGUCUCUGGCCACUCAUUCAGUAGCUGCGGCUCAGGCUACAGCUGCGCAGGCGGCCACCAUCGCACAGGUAGCUGCGCUGGAGCAGCUGCGGGACAAGCUGGAGUCCGGCGAGCCCCCGGAGAAGAAGAUUGCACUACCACUGGAGGACCACCAGCGGCUACUGCAGAGAGCCCUCCAGCACAACCUGCUGGCCAUGACGGCACAGAUCCCCAUGAACAUCCGCAUCAACAACCAAGAAAGCAGGCAGGACUCCGCCAUGAACCUGAACAGCAAUGGCCUAAACAGCAUCAGCAUGUCUGUGGAGCUCAAUGGAGUCGUCUACACCGGUGUUCUCUUCGCCCAGACUGCGGCGCCGAGCUCAUCCAACAAAUCUUCUGCAGGCAACAGCGGGCCUCAAUCAGUUCACCACACACCUACCUCAUCCUCCUCCAACAGCCAAUCGCCUUAACACCUCAGACUCUUCCUCAGUGCAAAACCCAAGCCAAAAAACCUCAGUUACUAUACAAGAUAUGCCAAAAAAACAGUGCAGGAAUAACUGAAUCGUUCUCAACUUGACGUACACUAGCUCAGGACUUUUAUUUACACUCUCCUUUAUUCAGGAAUCAAAGAAAAUCUAAAAUAACAACAGAGUUUAUUAUAAAGAUAAUGAUGUAUAUGCAAAACCUGUGAAUAAUUUAUUUCUCUUUUUGUGAGCACGCUGUCUGGCGUUGACAAGGCAGUAGGAUUCUGCUUUUUAGGGUUUUAAGGUCUCUGACUGACAAAAGCUUUUCGUCAAAACCAUAACAAUAGUAUUGUUGUUAUAACGUGUGAUGCGAACAGCUUAGUCAUCUGAACUAAUAAUAUAUUGUAGAUUUGAGUUUCUCUGUGUAUGUAUCUGCAGUGCCUUGUGAAGGUUUUUCCUUCACGGUUUGAACGUGCCGUUGACAGGCCAACGUCUUCAGCACGAACACAAUACAAAGUGCGUUAUUGUUAGAA